CGCGCGUGCGCGGCCGGGGAUGCGCCGGGAACAUCGGCCCGGCCCCGCUCCUGUUCCCCGCUCCCCAUCCUGAUCCCGCCGCCGGUGACCGCCCGCCGCGGAUCGGAGGACGCCGGGAGCGCCGGUAACCGCCCGCCGCGGGGCUAGGAGCGCCGGCAGCGCCCGGGGAGAGAGAGUGGCGUCGCGGUGCGUCGCGGUGCUUGGUUUUAGCAGCAAAACACCUCGAGCAGGCACCUUCAGGAGCACAGCAUUGCAGCGAGAGUAGCUGCUGAGUUACAUACUGGGCACCCAGUCCAGUACGGUGUGUUUGACACUUCGGCGAACAAGGGAGGGAAGUACGGCUUUCACACCAAAUAAAGGGGAAAAUAAAAAGCUGUGAAGAAGUAAGAGAUCUAAUUGAAGACUGAAUGAAAUUCGGAUAAAGUCCUAGGCUAGGACCAGGAAGUAGUGAUAAGACUUGGUGUGAACGAAGUGAAAGCAUCAGGAGUUUUGGAAGGGAGCUGUGUAGAAAGUUCUUCAGAUAACCAAGAUGCGCUUCCAGUGGGACUGGCUGUGCUUGGGUGUCCUGCUAAUUAGCUCAGUGACUGCAGAAAUUGAAAAUGAAGAAAAUCUGGAUGCAGAUGUUGAAGUGGAGGAUUUUGACAUGCAGUCCCAAGAAACUGAAGUUGACAGAGAUAAACCUUCCAUAGAGGUUGUGUACCAGACUCCAAAGCCAACCGGGGAAGUGUAUUUUACAGAAACCUUUGAUGGAGGAUUGUCUGGGUGGGUAUUGUCUAAAACUAAGAAAGAAGACAUAGAUGAUAACAUUGCUAAAUAUGAUGGAAGAUGGGAAGUAGAAGAGCUGAAAGAAAACACAGUGCCUGGAGACAGAGGAUUAGUGUUAAAAUCAGUGGCAAAGCAUCAUGCAAUAUCGGCAAUGCUAACAAAACCAUUUAUUUUCGAUGAUAAACCUUUGAUUGUUCAGUACGAAGUGAAUUUUCAAAAAGGCAUUGACUGUGGGGGUGCAUAUAUUAAACUUCUCUCUAGUAGUGAUGACUUGAAUCUGGAAUACUUUUUUGACAGAACACCUUACACUAUUAUGUUUGGACCAGAUAAAUGUGGAGAAGAUUACAAACUACACUUUAUCUUCAGACAUAAGAAUCCCAAAACUGGAGAAUAUGAUGAAAAGCAUGCUGAACGUCCUGACGUGGAUCUAAAAAAGUUCUACUUGGACAAGAAGACACAUCUAUAUACUCUUGUGCUAAAACCAGAUGAUACAUUUGAAAUGUUAAUCGACCAAACAGUUGUCAGUAAAGGAAGUCUUCUUGAGAAUAUGGUUCCUCCAGUAAACCCUUCCAAAGAAAUAGAGGAUCCUAGUGAUAAGAAGCCUGAUGAUUGGGAUGAGAGACCAAAAAUACCUGAUCCAAAUGCUGUCAAACCAGAUGACUGGGAUGAAGACGAACCUUCCAAAAUAGAAGAUCCUGAUGCUGUUAAACCUGAGGGAUGGCUUGAUGAUGAACCAGAAUAUGUUCCAGACCCUAAUGCAAAAAAACCAAAGGACUGGGAUGAAGAAAUGGAUGGGGAGUGGGAAGCCCCCCAGAUCCCUAAUCCGAAGUGUGAGACUGCACCUGGUUGUGGACAGUGGGUGCGUCCCAUGAAGAACAACCCAAAGUAUAAAGGAAAAUGGAGAGCACCUAUGAUAGAUAAUCCUAACUAUCAGGGAAUCUGGAGCCCUCGGAAAAUACCAAACCCAGACUAUUUUGAAGAUCUUCACCCAUUCAAGAUGACCACUGUCAGUGCUAUUGGUUUAGAACUGUGGUCUAUGACAUCUGAUAUUUACUUCGAUAACUUCAUCAUCUGUUCAGAAAAAGAAGUAGCAGAUCAUUGGGCAGCAGAUGGCUGGGGCUUGAAGAAAUUAGUAGCAAGUGCUAAUGAGCCUGGUAUGUUUAGUCAACUGCUGACUGCUGCAGAAGACCACCCAUGGCUCUGGGUUCUUUACAUCUUGACUUUAGCUCUCCCUGUUGGUCUAGGUGUAUUGUUCUGCUGGCCAGCAAAGAAAACAGAUGAAUAUGACUUCAAAAAAACUGAUGUAUCUAAGCCAAAUAGAAAAGGGGAAUUAAAACAAGAGAGAGAAGAGUUCGAAGAUGAUGAAAUAGAUGAAGAAAAAGAAAAUGAAGAUACGGCUGAGGAUGAGAGAAGAGAAAUGAAGGAGAUGAAAAGCAAAUUUUUGAAGGAUACAAAGAAGAUGGGAAGGGAGGUUCGUCUUUCAGAAGACGAGGGUGAAGGUGGUGAAGAUAUCGAUGAUGAUGAAGAAGAAAAUGAAGUUGCAGAUGAGGAAGAAAAUGAAGUUGCAGAUGCAAGACAAGAAGAAGGUGGUAUGUCAAAUAAAUCUGAUUCAGAAAAUGAGAAGAAAGAAGCUGAUGAGGGUACAGGAGAUAAUCCGCUGAGAUCAGUGCGCAAAAGAAGAGUACGAAAGGACUGAGUUAUUUCCAGCUGGUAUUUGCAGGUCUAGAUAACAGUAGCUUCUGGUGUGCUACUCCAGUGGGCCUGACAGCAUGCAAGUUCCUGAGCUUUAAAGGAAAAAGGGGAACUCACUGCUACUUAACCUCCUGCUUUAAUCCUCUGACCUCUUUAACCAUCCUGAACUUCCUCGGUUCCCUGUUUUUUUAAGGAGAAAUACUAUCUGUGAGGAGUUAGCACGUGUUUCCAACUGAAAAUAAAAGUGAAAUUACAAGUUGGCCAACUGAUUUUUAGGUGAAGAUUCUUAAGAUUUGAAGUUUCUAAGAAAAUUAGUAUUAGUUGGAGAUAAACUUGCUCUAAAUAUUUUUUUAAAUGAAUAAAUUAUAAUACUUUUGCAGCUCUAGCACAAAAUUAGCUGUUUACAGUUUUCAGCUAAAAGAGGAUGACAGUGUAGAUGUAGCAUCUAUAGCAGUUCUCAUUGCUAUGAGAAAAGAUAUUUUUUUCUGUGCAGAGCUAAAUGCAAUAAUUGUUUUUGUAUAAUGAUUUUGUGCUAGCAACAAUUUUUAUUGUAAAUUAUUUAUUUUAGUUGAUCUUGUUACAUGGGUGGUCACCUGUUCACUUUAGGCAUUGGUUACAGUAAUUUAUUUUUAAGAGAUAUUUUAAAAUAGAAUACUCAUAGAACAAGUGGUAAUUGAUGUGACUUGUUUUACUUUUGAAUGCAGAUAUCGGAUCUGCAGAAGUGAUAUACAGAUGAUUUUUUCAAACUUUUAUAGUUCUCAUGUUCCAAGCCAGAGUGGUAUAACCUCUGUUUAUAGAAUAUUUGCUAAGUGUAUAUUGCCACCUAAAAAUAUUUAAUAAUUCUUCCUUAAUAUGAAAUUUAUUAAUAUAGGUAAGAAUUUUUGAUGGUUAAGUUUUUUAAAGAUGUGAGUAACUUGGGCAUUCUCAUAAUGUAGUUGAAAUAAACUGCAUAUUGUAAAAGAAACUUUGUUUUGUUAAAGUUCAGCUGUAUAUUAAAAAAAACCAAUAAAAUUUCAGUCACCAGAAA